AUGGUGGAAGGGUCAUUGGGGUGUCAAAAGGAUGAUGAAGAUAUCAAUGAGAGUGAUGGUGAUAUGAUAACAAAGUUGCCAGACCCCAUUUUGCAGCACAUCCUUCUAUUCUUACCAACAGCUGAUGCUGCCCGCAUGAGCACUGUCUCAAAGAAUUGGCGUAACCUUUGGAAUUCACUCUCUGUGUUGCAAUUCUCCUUCAAUGAGAAUACUCAGAGUCAGAGUCUCGAAGAGUUCAUGUCUUGGGUUGAUGAUUCAUUGUCCACACUACGAUCCCUAGAGGAAAAGGCAAUCAUUCAUAGCUUCAUAUUGGACUUGAACUUGGUUGAAGUAAGACACCCCUUUUACAACAAUGGUAUGCACUGCAUGACUAUUAUUGAUUUCAUCAAUGAUUGGAUCAAUUUGGUUCUGAAAAACUGUGUCAAACAUUUGAAACUAGUUCUUUCAAACAUAAUGUACACUCUGCCUCUGGUAAUUUUUUCUUCAAAAUACUUACUCACAUUACAUAUAGAGGGCUGUUCUAUCCGUAGAGAAUCAUCAUUUCCUAUUGAUCAUGCACCAUUUAAUUGCCUUAAAGAGCUAGCUUUGUUGAGGGUUGAAGCAAGUAGUUAUAUUGUUGAGAAGAUCCUAUCUUUCUCCCCGUUACUUGAGAAAGUUGUUUUCAAAGAAAUUGGUAGGAUGGGAUCCCUUAGAAUUUGCAACCUUCCCCGGCUUAUUUAUGUUGAAGUUGAACAAAAACUUGAUGAAAGGCUUGUGAUUGAAGCACCAAAUCUUCGUACCCUCAUCUUACGAUUAAAUGGGUCAGUUAAUGUGUAUGUUUCUGAUUGUGUCACAUGGUCUAGUAAAUACGGAUCAAAAUUUGUUUUUGAACAUCCCCGUUUGGAGAUUUUGGACCUGUGCUUCUACAUAUGUACUAGGAUAAAGGUUGCGUGUUCUCAUCUUAGAAAUAUGUCCUUGUCAAACAAGGGUCAUGAAAGACCACUGGAGAUUGAGGUUGAUGCCCAAAAACUUGAGCAGCUCAAUUAUGAAGGUUAUGUUAUUCCAACUUUUAAUGGUAUGGAAUCUCUUGUAAAACCAUCUGUCACACUCAAACUACUUCUUGGAGGUCGCCCUGGUCUUGAUGUUGCUGUGAGGAGUUGUAUUGAGAUGUUCAACCAACCAAUGGUGCAUUUAAGUUAUCUUUAUGGACAGUGUUUCAAAGCACAGGAGAUUCUCUGGCCAGGGCAAGUACAACAAGUACAAUUUGAUUCUCCACCUCCCAAAGUUAAAUUCCUGAAGUGGUCUCUUGGCUCAUUAACUCCUGCAUAUGCUUAUCCAUACCUUUUAGAUGGAUCACUUUGCAGUUGUCAUCCAGCUAUUCUACGUGUAGAAACACUUCCCAGAAACAGGGAAUUCAUAAAGUUCCUUUGUCAUGAAUUACUUGAAAGAGAAGAAAACCCUGCCUGCUGUGAAGAUGAAACUGGUUUCAGAUGCUGGAGACAUUACUUGAAGGAUGUUCAUGUUGAGAUUCAAAGCCAGUCUGAAACUAAGCCAAAGCCGUACACAAGUAAUGCUUUGAUGGAAGUAUUGAAGUAUAUUGAUACAUCAAAGGAAUUUCAGUUUAGCAUGAACUGGUUACCAAAUUUAAUGUCACCGUUUUUUCUUUUCUUUUAGAGCAGGUCCGUCUUGGCAACUUUCUCCAUUCAGUCCAUUGAUA